AUGGGGCUCAUCUUCAAGUCAUCCGCCUUCUGCCUCGUGGCUCUCUAUGGGUUUCAGUUAGCGACGGCGGCAACAACCUUCGCUGCGGAAGAUGUGACCGAUGAUAUGUACCUUUCAGCCAACUUGGCGCGUAAUGGGAAGCUCUCUGUUCAUAUUAACGAACUAGAAAAGGCGGACGAUAUGGUUAAGACCCUAAAAACAGCUUUGGGGGACGGCACCGGACUAACGACCGCCGAUACAUGUGACAACAUGACACUUGGAGCAAGCCUUAAGCUAACAUUUAGCGUGAAGUUCACCCAGGAAACCAGCAAAGCCACCAACUACCGCGAUAUGGUGCAGACUGCCUUAAACAAGGGGCUCGGGCAAUUGCCGACGUACCCAUCGACGUGGGACGCGUUCUGGUCGAACCCUGAUGGCGCGAAUCUGGCGAAUCUGCUUUGGUCUCAAAGUACGAAGAUUGCAUGCGCCGUCGGUGUAUGUACUGAUGAUACACCACUAUCAUCAGGAAAAGAAGCUAUUCUCGUCUGCCAGUUUUCUCCAGCCGCUCAACAAAAUGCAGCUCCAUUCAGCAAGGAGUACUACGAUGCUCUGCAUGCGCGUAACACGCCCAUCACGGAGAUGACAGAGGCAGACCUGAAGGAGUCUUCCACCGGUGGUGCAGCUGCUGCUGUGCCUUCUCUUCUUUUCGCCAGUCUCAUCACAAUCCUAGCAACAGCUGCUGCGUAG